GUAUUCCGCAUCGACGGCAAAGUACUGACCACUUCCAACCGCAAGCGCCUCCGCGACGUCUCCGGCAAAGACAUUUGCCAACUCCGCCGCAAACCGUUCCGCCACCCCAAAGAACACUACCUUCAAGUCGCGCAGAAACAAGUCUGCACCAUUCGCGGCAAACUCGGACUCGGCUCGCGUCGCUGCAGCGCCCUAUUCAACAAUGCCGUCGCGGACUCGGCGCCGACGGAACUCUUCAUCAUGGGCCACUUUUUGAACGAACCGGGCGCUAAAGUGCACCUCGGCAGCAACGAGAAGGGUCCGGUUGUAAUAGAAUUGGAGCGCGAUAUCAUGAAUGCUAGGCAGUGGAUGACGGGGCGGCAUACUUACAAGGUGCAUGUUGCGAAGGGAGUUGACAUGGCGCUGGCGUGUGCGCUGGCUGUUACGGUGGAUGAGCGGAGAGGGAAGGGGUUUACGUCUACUAUCGCCUGA